AUGUCAACGUCAAAUGAAGGUCCAGUUGGAUAUACCCCCCCAGAUGGAGGCUGGGGGUGGGCAGUGGUUGUUGGUGCUUUCAUUUCUAUCGGCUUCUCUUGUGCAUUUGCCAAAUCUAUUUCUGUAUUUUACAAAGAAAUUGAAGGUCUAUUUGAUGCCAGCACCAGUGAAGUGUCGUGGAUCUCCUCCAUCAUGUUUGCUGUCAUGUAUGGGGGCGGUCCCAUCAGCAGUAUCCUGGUGAAUAAGUACGGCAGUCGUGUAGUCAUGAUGGCUGGUGGCUGCUUGUCUGGCUGUGGCUUGGUUGCGGCUUCUUUCUGUAACACCGUUCAGGAGCUUUACUUGUGUAUUGGAGUUAUUGGAGGUCUUGGAUUUGCUUUCAACUUGAAUCCAGCUCUGACCAUGAUUGGCACGUAUUUCUAUAAGAAGCGACCCUUGGCCAACGGACUGACCAUGGCGGGCAGCCCUGUGCUCCUCGCAGUCCUGGCCUCCCUCAAUCAGACUCUCUUUGAUAGCUUUGGUUGUAAAGGAAGCUUCCUAAUUCUUGGGGGCCUCCUACUAAACUGCUGUGUGGCUGGAGCCCUGAUGCGACCCAUAGGACCCAAACCAACACAGGCAGAGACAGUUAAGUGUACAGAAUCCCUUCCGGAAGCUGGAAAAUCUAAUGCAAACAAAGUUGCAGGUGAUGCCAAUGGAAAAUGUAAUGGUGGGAACGACAAAGAGGAGAAAAGAUCCGUCUUCCCAGUAGUUAACCAAUUCCUGAGCUUGUCCCUCUUUACCCACAGAGGCUUCGUUCUGUACCUCUUUGGAAACGUGAUAAUGGUCUUUGGACUGGCUGCCCCAUUAGUCUUUCUUAGUAGUUACGCAAAGAGUCAGCACUAUGCUAGUGAGAAGCCUGCCUUCCUUCUCUCCAUUUUGUCUUUGGUCGAUAUUAUAGCCAGACCUUCCAUGGGACUGAUAGCCAACACCAAGUGGAUAAGACCACGAAUCCAGUAUUUCUUUGCUGCUGCGAUUUUGGCAAAUGGAGUGUGUCAUAUGGUACUGCCUUUUUCUACCAGCUACGUUGGGUUCUGUGUCUAUGCAGGAUGCUUAGGAUUUGCCUUUGGGUGGCUCAGCUCUGUAUUGUUUGAAACACUGAUGGACCUCGUUGGACCGCAGAAGUUCUCCAGUGCCAUGGGAUUGGUGACCAUUGUGGAAUGCUGUCCUGUCCUCCUGGGGCCACCACUGUUAGGUCGUCUCAAUGACAUAUACGGAGACUACAAAUAUACGUACUGGUCAUGUGGUGUGAUCCUGAUGAUUGCCAGUGUCUUUCUCUUCAUUGGUAUGGGCAUCCAUUAUCGACUUGUGGCCAAAGAAGAGAAAGAAGAGAGAAUCAGAAAAAGCAAGAUCCAGAGGGGGAAGCCAAAGGAGUCCCUACAGAAUAACAUAGAGUAGAGAGGCCCUGGGGAGAAGCGUCCCGUCGGAAACCACGGAUAGUCAGAGGAGCUUCUGGCCAAAGAUACUGGAAAACAUUCUACUGAACCAUGUUCACCCAGUGAUGCUUAACGUGGACAGCAGAUACCUUUGUGGAAACAGCCAGGUGUUUAUUGAUGAAACUCUAUUUCAUCCUUUGCAGCAGUCCAAAAUAAACAUCACAUCCUUUGAGGUCUGAGGAUUUGCAGUCGAUGGGGGAAGGAAAUUGCUUUUAUUUGAAGUCAGAUGGAUUAAGGGAUACUUUACAUAUGGCUGAACACCUCAUCAUUUCUAGGGGUGUGGGGAAUUGAACCCAGGGCCUUGCAUAUGGUAGACAAGCACAUCACCAGCCCUACCAUUCCAUUUUUUAAGGACGCAGUUUGAUGAGUUUUGACAAAAAUCUUUAGUCAAAUAAGUACGACCCCAGUUUAGAACAUUUCAAAGACCCCCCCCCAAUACUUCGCUCCUGUCUUUUGCUGUCAAACCUGCCCCUCACCCCUAAUCCCUGUCAGCCAUUGACCUGAUUUCUGUCCCUUAAGUUUCACCUUUUCCCAAAUGGAAUUAAUGGAAUCAUAUAGUAGGUAGUUGUGGCAUAACAGGAAAUAAAUGUUUGGCCUUUAUCUCCAGUUGCGGGCACACAGCUCCUAAAACCCCUGGAAUCCCUGGAGUGGUAAGAGUGCCUUUUGCAUCUAGGGACAGGAUUUGUGGCUGGGACCUGUGGAAACCUUCAGGAUGGGGGCUGAGCCCCAGAAAGACCAAGGAGUGACGAGAGGGUCAGAUUUCCAACUCCUUCAUAAAAAUCCCUAAACAACAGUCCUAGCUUGGGGGACACACUGAGGGGCCAAGAAGGUGUGCCUGGGGAGGCCCCCCAUACCUGUCCAGGACAUCUCUUCUGGCUGUUCCUGAGUCAUAUGCUUUAUAAUAAACCAGUAAGCAAAAGUGAAGGGUUUCCUCGAAUUCCGUGAGCUGUUUCAGAAAAUCAUCAAGCUUGAAGAGGGGGUCAUGGAAACACCUAGUUUAUUACCAGCCGAUCAACUACAGGGUCAGCCUUGUGAAUGGUCUGAAGUGAGGGAGUCUCAUGGGACUGAACCUUCAAAUCUGUGGAGUCUGACUCUAAUUCCUCUCACUAGUAGAAUGGUAGUGCCCCAUUGUGUAUACAUGCCACAUUUUUUUUUAUCCAUUCACCCACUGAAGGACAUCUAGGUUGGCUCCACAGUUUAGCUAUUGUGAAUUGUGCUGCUAUAAACAUUGAUGUGGCUGUGUCCCUGUAGUAUGCUGUUUUUAGGUCCUUUGGGUAUAGUCCGAGAAGAGGAAUAGCUGGGUCAAAUGGUGGUUCCAUUCCUAGCUUUCCAAGGAAUCUCCAUACUGCUUUCCAAAUUGGCUGCACCAAUUUGCAGUCCCACCAGCAGUGUAUGAGUGUACCUUUUUUCCCACAUCCUCACCAACACUUGUUGUUGUUUGUCUUCAUAAUGGCUGCCAUUCUUACUGGGGUGAGAUGGUAUCUUAGAGUAGUUUUGAUUUGCAUUUCUCUGAUUGCUAGAGAU